AUGAAUAAGCUCAGAUUCGCACCGCAUAAGCCCAGCGCAAUGCUGGUGACGCGGAAGCUUAAGCAUGACACCCCACACCUGACCAUGGGUGGGAUCGACAUUGGCAUGUCCAAACAGAUAAAACUUUUAGGCCUGACCAUUGAUGAACAAUUAACAUUUAACACACACGUCGCCAACGUCUGUUCUAAAGCUGUAGGAAUCUACAAGCAGUUGUCUAGGGCCGCAAGGGUGAGUUGGGGUCUGCAUCCGGAAGUGAUACGCAGCAUAUACACCGCGGUGGUAGAGCCUAUCGUCUUGUACGCCGCAAGCGCAUGGGCGCCGGCGUCCAACAAACUGGGAGUGAGGUCUAAGCUGAACAGUGUUCAGCGAAGCUUCGCCCUGAAGAUGUGUCGUGCAUAUCGCAUGGUAUCCCUAAACUCGGCACUGGUGUUGGCUGGGAUACUCCCCUUGGACCUGCGUAUACAGGAGGCUGCAUCGUUGUAUGAGGCCCGAAGGGGAGUAUGCCACCCAGCGCUGGCGGGCGGGGAGAUCGAGCGUGUUGCAUCGGCACUCCAGAUGCCGCACCCGGCAGAACGGAGAGCGAUAGAGCUGCGCCACCUGGUAGACGAGGAACACUAUCGCGAAAAUUGCGACUUCGAAGUCCGCAUCUUCACGGAUGGCAGCAAGAUUGAGGGAAAGGUCGGAGCCGCACUAUCCAUCUGGACUGGUGCGGCGGAGACGAAAACCCGAAAGCUUGCUCUGCCAUCCUAUUACACCGUCUACCAGGCCGAGCUUCUCGCUCUCUGCGAAGCCACUCGGGAGGCCCUGAAACGUAGAGAGACCAGCUGUGCCAUAUAUAGCGACUCUAUGGCAGCCCUCCUCACAGUCGUGAACCCCGAAGCCCUCCACCCUCUUGCCGUGGAAUCUAGAGACGCCAUUUACCGCAGUAGUAUCCAGAACAAGAGCGUCUCCUUGUUCUGGAUAAAAGCUCACGCGGGGUUGGAGGGUAACGAGAGAGCCGACUCGCUCGCAAAGGAGGCUGCCCUAAGGUCGAAACGCAAGCCGGACUACGAUAUGUAUCCGGUAUCAUUCGUCAAGCGCUUUAUCCGAAUGGAUACGCUUGACGAAUGGAACCGGAGAUACAGCACGGGGCACACAGCGUCUACCACCAAGCUGUUUUUCCCGAGUGCGGUUGAGGCGUACAGGACGGUACGCAAGCUGAGUAUCACCAAGGAGUUGACCCAGGCUCUAACGGGGCACGGUGGGUUCUCCGAGUAUUUGACCCGUUUCAAAUGCAAGGACAACCCAGCGUGUGCCUGCGACCCAGACACUGCAGAAACAGUUCCCCACCUUCUCGUAGAUUGCCCCAUACAUGGCAGGGAGAGGUAUGACCUGGAGCAACGAAUUGGCUACAAGGUAGAGACUGUAAACCUGAGCCAAAUCAUUGUAGAUAGGAAAAAUUGUGAAGCUUUUGUUAGUUAUGUAAGAAAAAUUGUAAUGUUAGUCAAUAAGAGGAAUAGUUGA